CUUGUCACUUCGUUGCUCCGUCAUGGUCCGGUUGAUGUCGGCAUCCCUUGCGGUUUGGGGCAAGACGCAUUCCAUGAUUUUGCGCUUGAGCUGGGAACAACAAACGCUUCAAUACACAUCUGCCGUGGCUUUCCAAAAAUUGCAGUAUAACAUCGAGAUAUACAGCGAUAUGGAAGACAUGGAUGGAAGACAUGGUGAUACUGUGAGCUGAGCGACCAUGCUUGGGAGGCUGGCAUCGGCAUGUGAGUGGCUCUAACACAUCUGCACCCGAGCUGGGCUGAGGCAUGUUAACGGCAGUGGUAAAGUCCCACCAACCGUGGAGCCGAGGCACGACCACCAAGCCAGGCGAGGGACGACGUCAACUGCCAGCCCCAGCCGACGCCAUCUCGCACUACAACCGACGGCAUCACCUCGAGGGCGAUUGAUCGAUGCCCCGAGCGACUGGCAACGCCCUCCUCACCAAACCCCCUCUGAUGAUACCUCGAACCCCUUGCCAUUUCCAUUCUUCAUGACUUGAUCCGGUCGUCUGCCCGUCAUGUCGACACCGGCAGAUGCACACACCAAGACCAGAUGGUCGCCUCCCCUGGCCAACCUGCGCAACACCCUCGCGCUGCCGCCCAAGUGGCUGGCCAUGUACGAUGACUUUGUCACCAAGAACGCAAGCCAGGUCGCACAGCUCGAGUCUGCCCUGCGCUCCUUGACGUAUAUCAUACCAGGCCGCUUCCGUGACGCCGAGCUCGCAACCGAAUCCAUCCACUCGUCCGUCCAGCUCCUCUCGCUCUACCAUGACCUCCUCCUCUUCCGCUCGAGCCUCUCGCCCUCCUCCUCCUCCUCCCCGGCCAGGUUCCCCACCGCCCUGAGCAAGUCCCUCCACGCCCGCUACACCCGCUUCUGGACUGCCAAGUCGGCCCUGUACCGGCGCGUCGCCAUCGUCCUGCAGAUGGUCCAGUACACGGAGCUGCUGCUGGAGAUGUGGGCCAAGCGCAGGGGCGAGGCGGUGCGGUGGCGCGUCGUGGUCAUCAUCGAGGCCGCCAAGGCCCUCUGCAGGCUGCUCCUGCUCAGGAUCACGCGGAGCAGGCCGCUGGUGACGCCCGUGCUGCCGGAGAGGGAGAAGGUGCCCGAGCCCGGCGAGGGAGACGAGGAGGAGGACGCGGCGGCGGACGACGGGAAGGCGCUGGCGGAGCUCAUGGGCGAGGACGCCUCGUCCGAGCACGGCCAGCACGCCGGGGAGAACGGCGACGCCGCCGCCGCCCUCGUCACGCACGACGGCACAAACGGCAACGGAACCACCAUCACCACCCCACACCCCAACGGAAACGGCAAGAUGAACGGCAACGGGGCGCUCCACAAACCAAACGGCCACACCACGACCCCGGCCCCGACCCCGCCGCCCAACCCCCAGAAGGAGUGGGCCAUGCCCCGGACGGGCCUCGUCCUCCCCUCCCUGCCGGCGAGGGGCGACAUCUCGAGCUACCUCCUCUCGCGCGUCCUGACGGCCGACGACAUCAAGCCCGCGACGAAGCUGCUGCACGGCCUGGCGGGCUCCGCGCACGCGGCCGAGGUGCUGCACAUCCUCGCGCCGCUGGCGUACGCGCUCGCGCUCGCGCGGACGGACCCCUCGCGCAGGCGCACGAGCUGGGCCCCCUGGCUGGUCGGGCUGAGCGUGCAGGUCGCGGCGCGGAAGCUGGCGGCGCGGGCGCGCGACGGCGGCGGCGGCUCGGGAGGAGGCCCUAUUGGUGCGGCCCCCGGCGGCACGGCGCUCGAGCGGGAGGAGUGGGCGCGCCGGGGCCGCGCGAUGUGGUGGUGGCUCAUGCGCGGCGCGGCGUAUGAGAAUGUCGUCAAGGGGGUUGUCGGCGGGGUGCGGAGGCGGGUGCCUGGGUUUGUGGGGACGAUACUGGAGGAUUACGAGUAUCUUUGGGAGAAUUACUACUUCAGCACUAGUGAUUCGUGAUGGGCAGGUUACAUUGCUGAUGAUACCUAUGGGCUGCGGUUGCGGCAAGGAGGGAGGUUGGAUGGAGCUGGCGUGAGGGAGUCCGUGGAAGACACUGGAGGAUAUAUACAUCUGGGCUUCUAUGGUUUUGUCUCCGUGGGUGAAAGCAAAAAGUAUGGACGCCGACGCCAGAUGCGUCACUGCUUGAGAGGAACGGACGGGGGGGGGGGGGGAGGUACCCGGUCUGAGUAUGGCCACAUAAGGGCAUACUCUACUCCCUCGCUCGCCAUACAACGACACUGGAUACUUGGAGUUGAUCCAUGUCGGCCGGCGACAUGCUUAACUCGCGGGGGUUGCAAGAUGCAGGUUACAUACAGAUCGGCGGCAUGGAUGAUUUAUACCCAGGGAAUCGAGCAGCACCACAGGCAGGCAGCAGGUCGAGAACGGGGAGGGCAUGCAUACACAUCAACCCUUGUUCAUCCAUCUCCUUUGUCGUGUGUACAAGUAAGUAGGGACGAUUCGAUAGAUGUGGUCACAGCGCCGCAUGAAGGGGAAUGGAACGUUAUACCACGCA